AGGUGUGGCUGUAGUAGGUGUGGUUUGUAGUACAAUAAAUAAAAUGGAGGAAAACAAAGUUGAGAGUGAAGAGGAAUUUGAGAGUGCUGAGAGCGACUCUGAAGGAAAAGUACUGGAGGAGCAAAGCAACAACAAACUAAUAAACAACAAACAAACAAUGAAUACUGACCAGGCAUCUGAUACCAACACUUCUCAAUCUGAUGCCAAACAGACUCAUACUGAAGAGGCUCAUACCGAUACCACACAGACUCAUACUGAACCUGCAAUGUCUAAUGCUGAGCCCACAGACACUGAUACUAGCACCAAUCAGUCCCAUACUGGUACCAGUCAGUCCGAUCCUGGUACCAAUCAGUCCCAUGCUGGUACCAAUCAGUCCCAUACUGGUACCAGUCAGUCCGAUCCUGGUACCAAUCAGUCCAAUACUGGUACCAGUCAGUCCGAUCCUGGUACCAAUCAGUCCAAUACUGGUACUAAUCAGUCCGAUACUGGCACCAGUCAGUCUGGUACCAGUUCCUGGUCGUGGGGUUGGGGUAGUAUUACUAGUACACUGAGCAGUGCUGUUACCAAGGCAACGGAAUAUACCAGCAGUGUCAUUAAUAAAGGAGGAGAGGAGGAGGAGGAGGUCCCAACUCCACAGGAGAUGAGGAGAGAGAGUACCACUGAUGAAGAGAGAGAGGACCAAUCUAUUGGAGGGAUAUUCACUGGACUAGCAACAGCUGUGCAAUCCACUGGUGCUAGUUUAUUGUCUGGUGGAUUGGAUGCUCUUGAAGUUAUUGGAAGGAAAACUGUUGACAUAAUAUCUGAGGGAGAUCCUGGUUUGAGAAAGAAGAGAGCUUUAUUGACUGGAGACACUAAAACCUUGUCACAAUUAUUAAAAGAAGCCAAAGAAACAAACAAUGAUAAUAACAAUGAUGAUAAUAAUCAAGAAAAUACAUCAUCAUUAAUUAAUUAUUCACAACUGAUUGAGCAACACGGAGGAUUAGUACAUUUAGAAGCUCUUGAAAUGUUGUCUGGUGAUUGUACAAGCAAAUUGGAGUCGAUUGAAAGUGAAUCAGUGAAUGAUGAGGUCCAGUCUUUAUGUCAAUACUUUAACAUUGAGGAGGAGGAGGAGGAAGACCCUGGGGAUGGGAAGGAGUUCACUAACAUCAGUUCACUAACUAUUGAUAGAGUGAAGGCUGAUCAGUUAAUUAAAUGUCAUGAAGAUAUUAAUAUUCAAGCAAAGGAAGAAGUUGAUAAAGAUAUUGAAGUGCUUUAUGUGGAGUCUAUGAAUGGGAUGGCUAGACUUUGUUCCAGUUCUUUGCAGCUGUUCAAAAAGACAUCAGAAAUACUAUUAAUACCUAGCGAUGGUGAAUCUAUUGAUGUAAAAGAUGUGGCCAUGAAAUUAAAGAAAAUUACUGUCAUUAUAUCAAAUGAAUUUGAGACAAUUGCUUCUUUGUAUGCAGAGAAGAUUAAUGAGAAGUCAUCAGAAGAUAAAGGUCAAGAAUACAUUACUAGUUUAUACCUUGAGGCUUCAAGCAGUUCUUCAUAUGUUCAAAGUGCUCACAAACUGUUGCUGCCAGUAUUACAACACAGACUGACUAUCACCAUUAAUAAUAAUAAUAAUUAGUGUAUUAACAUUCUGAUACAAGGUAUUAAUGAUUUAAUGUCUUCAUGAUUCUCUGAAGUCCAUGAUAAUAAGAAUAUUAACUUUUUAUG